ACACGUCAAUCCGCCCCCCUCCUCCGAGCCUGAUUUACGACCGCAUGUUUGCUUUCUACGACACGAAUGGGGACAAUCUGAUCGGAUUCGAGGAGUUCCUGAAAGGUCUAGCCAGCUUCAACAACAAAAGCGUCGAUGAACGGAUGCGCCGCAUCUUCCGGGGCUAUGACAUCGACGGCGAUGGAUACGUGGAGCGGAAAGAUUUCCUUCGAAUGUUCCGAGCUUACUACGCCCUCAGCCGAGAAUUGACCCGGGACAUGGUCGCUGGCAUGGAAGAUGACUUCUUAGAGGGCGGCGCGCGCGAUGUCAUUCUCGGAAGCCAGCCCAUCAGCUCCGCCUUUCCGGGGAACAUCCCAUCUGGAGAAGCAUCCAGAACUGGAGAGGGCAAACGGACGAACCUCGAAGGCGACAUGGAAAUCGUCGACAAUGGGGGUGUACUCCGGCCUGAUGGCACCGACACCGGUGAUCCAAACGACGUCAUAGGUGAUGCUGCCGUCCGUGAACGGUUUGGUCGUGUGCGUCCGGUGUUUCCGUCUACCGUGCGUUCAAAUAACACGGCUCCCUCUCAGCCCUCGCCUCCUCCUCCACCGCCACCAGCGGCAGCUAGCAACAACGGCGCUGAGAGUGAAAACGACGAGAAUCAUCCCGACGGAAGGGAGGAUGACGAGGAAGAGGUCGAAGACGAGGAUGAAGACGAAGAGGAGGACGACGACGAGGAGGAGGAAGACGAAGAGGAAGAGGAAGACGAAGAGGAAGAGGAAGAGGAAGAAGAUGAUGAUGACGAAGAAGACGAUGACGAUGAUGAAGACGGGUCCGACUCUGCCGGUAGUGACCACUGGCCGCCAGCAGAGCAUGUCCUCGAGGAAGAUAUCGUGAAUGCCCUAGGAGCUUAUGUGCCUCUGCAGGAGGUCACCAACCGCGCAGAUCGGGCUCGAAUUGAAGAUGCAGUAUACCGUCGCAUGCACGAUGAGGACCGGAGACGAGUUGAAGAGGCGCGAAGAGAGGGCAUCCGGGAACGUUGGCAGCGGAGACGAUUCUAUAUCGACGAAGAGGAUGGUGCCACGCCGCCAGAAGGCUACCAAGAGGAAUCAGACUUUUACGAUUUCAGCGACGGCGACGACGCAGUUGAAGGGCAUCUUCAACAUCAUCAUGGUGAUCGCCUGGAGUCCGAAUCCCAUCCUCCUUCUCGCUCCCGGUCAUCAUCCAAAGUUCGCUUCCAGGAUGACGUGACGGAUGAUUGCGAUGUGAGGUCCAACCCAUCGACGUCGUCGCGCAGCAUCCCGGUGGGCGAGCGAUGGGGCGGCUUCGAGGUCCCCGAAGUCGAAAAAGACGUGGGAAAGGAGAUUCUCUACCAAGUCACACAGCAAGGACUCAAUGAGCUACUGGAUAUUCUCUUCAAACCAAAAGAAGAUCUAUUGAUGGAAGCAUAUCGCACUCGAGCGGAACGGAAGAGAUGGGCUCGAGAAAUCGAGCAGAUCGAGCAGUUGGACCCGAAGAAGAGACCUAAACAAGAUGGACCAACGAGGGAGAACCAGGCUGGAAACAGCAGUGAUAGCACAUCUGACAUUCGAUCGAAGUCUCUCGAGGAGCUGUUAGCAGAGUCAGGGUAUUCAAUCGUGCAAGACAGCACAGAGCUGGUCCAGCCUGAGCCGGUCCGCACUCCAUCUGCUGCUGACCAACAGCCUGACCAUCAUGAUGGUGACAAUUUAACCGAUCCCACUCUCCCUCAGAACCGCCCCGAGAAUUGUGGUAUCGAGCCUUUCCCUCCUCCUCCAGCCGAUAUUCCCACGACGACAGUGACCGAAGAGGUCGACCCCACUCUCCCACAGAACCGUCCUGACGAGGCAGACGAGAGUCCUGCAGCGGUCGACACGCCAACGUCCAGUCGCAGACGGACUCGACCUCAGUCUCGGCAGGAUCCUUCACAACCGUCAGAACCGUCGCGGCUACUCCAGCCAAACGGCUCGACCUCAUUCCCGGCGCCACGGUCCGUAGAUUCAUCGUCUCCAGAAGCAGAAGCCACCGCGCCCAAAUUCUCUCCCACCCUCAAACCGGCCUCUCCUUCUCGUCAAGCGCAGGUGUCUCCAACCCUGCCGCCGCAGCAGGGGACACCACCCCGACCGCCCUCUCCGCAGACGCUGUCUCGCUGGGCAUUUCUGAACCAAGUCGAGCGCGAAGCCAAGGAGCGCGGCGGCGGAGCCAAGCUGAACUUCGAGGAGUUCCGGCAGAGGAUGAACACGGACCGGGGCCGACGAUUGGGGUUUAUAAGCAGCUGGAUCGAAAUGGCCAGUUUUUAG